AUGCCCUGGUGGAUGCAACGACGGCAUAUUUUCAUCGGCACGCUCGCCAUUCUCCUUCCCACGGCCGCAGCCCAGUGCACUCGCGAAGGUCUCCUACUGGCAGCUGACACGUAUAUCGCCGCCCAAACGUCCGGCAACAUCGCCAGCCUCCCCCUUGCGACCACCAACUUUACCUACCAAGAAAAUAACAAAAAGGUUGACAUUAAAACCGGCAUCCUCAGCCAGCCCCUGAAAAUCGACCUCAACCGUUCCACGGCCGACACCGUCGCCUGCGCCAGCUACACCAUGUUUAUCUCGACUACGGGAUCUCAGCCCCAUGUAGUUGCUACACAGAUUAGACACAUCGACAAUGAUAGCAGCUCGAUUGCUCUCAUCGACACCAUCGCCGCCACUACGGGUGACCUGUUCUUCAACGCGGCGCAGACGCUCAACUACAUCCGUCAAGAAAACUGGACCACCAUAGAAGAUGCUUCACAGCGGCCAAGUCGGGACAUUCUUAGGAGGGCAGGUGAUGCAUAUCUGGAUAUGUGGACCAAUGCCACGGCGGCGGAUGCGAUCCCCUGGGGAACAGACUGUGAGCGAGUCGAGGGAUCGAUGUUGACGAGGCCGUGUGGGGGACAGCUGCCGAGGGGAGGUAGCACGAAACCGAAUGGGAGUAGGAGGUACGUCAUUGAUGAGACGAUGGGGUCUGUGGAUGUGCUGUGUGCUUUUGACUCAUUGGGAAAUUACCCCGAUAGCCAUGAGAUUAGGAUUGUGGCAGGGAAGGUGAAGUAUGUGCAUACUAUUACGGUGGAUGGAAAUUAG